AUGUUUAUAAUCAAUUGGAUAUACGACUUGUUGGCUAGUAUAGGACUACUGCAUAAAAAGGCAAGUAUCGUAUUUUUGGGUCUAGACAAUGCGGGGAAAACAACUCUUCUGAGGAUGCUCAAGGAGAAUAAAGUUUCUGUUCACACGCCUACAUUACAUCCACAUUCAGAGGAACUGCUGCUUGGUAAUGUCAUGUGCAAGGCUUUUGAUCUUGGUGGACACGAAACAGCCCGCCGAAUAUGGAAUACCUACUACGCAAAUGUAGAUGCUGUGGUAUUCCUUAUCGAUGUCUCUGAUCGUAGUAGGUUUCAGGAAUCAGCAGAAGCGUUAAGAACUUUAUUGGAUUGUGAAGAAUUGUCUUACAAGCCCUUCGUAAUCCUUGGAAAUAAGAUUGACAAACCAGAAGCUGCUUCAGAGGAAGAGUUAAGGGACUGUAUUGAUCUUCCAAUACACAAGACCUAUGGGAAGGAAUAUAUCCCAGGGAAGAAAGCUAUGCCAAUUGAAGUCUUCAUGUGUAGCAUCAUCAACCGCACUGGAUAUAAGCCUGCAUUUUUAUGGCUGUCCAACUUCCUUCAAGACGCAUAA